UGGUUUCCUCAGCUGUCAGUUCUGACACGGUGCGAGUGUCCAGCCUCGUCUCUUUGUUUUUCUCCGAGAAACAGGUCUUCUUUUUUCAAGAAUAAAUGGUAAUCCUGUUUAACCGACUGACACCUAUUUGAGGACAGCAUCUAACACGGUCUUCUAUCUGCUACAGAGUAGGCCUGUGCAGGCAUGGAGCCCUUGGCAGUGGAUGAUGAUAUUUGCAUCCUUAAACAUGAGACGGCCUACACCGCUGCUGGCGAGAGUCCUGUAUCGGUGUGUGCCGGCGAUGAAUCUGUUGCUUCCCACUUCGCCCUUGUUACGGCCUAUGAGGAUAUCAAGAAGAGGCUGAGGGAUACAGAGCGAGAGAAUACCUUGCUCAGGAAGAGGGUUAAGCAGCUGGAGGAUAAGCUCUUCAGGCCAGAGGCUCCUCCAUCAGAGGGUCCCCAGUAUGUGAAUAAGGCCUUCAGUGCUUACCGAGGUAUCUAUAUAGAGAAGGAGGACCUGCAGAUGGAGCUUAACAAACUGAAAAAGGAGAAGAGUGAGAGUGAGAGGUUGCUGACGGAGCAGCUCCAGGCCAAAGAGUUGGAGCUGCUUCAACUGAGGACAGAGAUGGAGACCAGCCAAGUGAUGAAGAGCCUGAACAGCUCUCAGGACUACUGGCAGGUGGACAGGGUCACCACUGAGCUAAAGAUCCACAAACUGCAGGAGGAGCUGGAGAGGGUGACACUGGAAAACAGUAGACUGCUGGAGAGAAGUGGGGAGGAACCCCAUGGCCUUAACGGACCAGACUUGGACCAGACCUUUGACGCAAAGUAUAAUGCAAGGGACAGGAGCAUGCAGCAGACGUACAAGGCUUUGUGCUGCGAGGUCACUCGUCUCCAUUCAGAGCUGAAGCACCAAACAGGCCUGAUUAGGAAACUCAGGCCACUCAUCAGUGAGACAAGACAAGCUGCCUCAACAGUUCCAAUCCAGUGUCUGGACGAUGUGGAAAAAAACAACCACCACGCAGUUCCUCGGGCAUCAGUGCCGCCCCCUAGUGCCCCCCCACUCCCCUCAUGUUCCGGCCGCCCCUGCCCCCCUGUCGGCGGGCCGUCAGGCACCCUGCUGCCAGACAGUCUGAGGGAGGACUGCUGGUACAAUGGGCCCUGGUCCACCCAGAGCUGUUCAGGAGAGGGUCUGGUUGGCAAUGACACCUGCUCUGUCGCCCUGCCCCCACCUCCCCUGAACCAAGCCUCCCUGGAUGACAGCUCGCGGUCCUUCCCCAGCCCCCCCAAACCCAGUGAUGCCAUGUUCUGGGAGGGACAUUCCAACGCUGCAUCCAACUCCUCAUCCUCAAUUGGAAACUGCAGUCCCAGGAGCCCUCCCAAUGCAGAGUGGGACAAGCCCUAUUGAGAGGAACUUCGAUGAGAGAAUAGAUGAUUUAAUAGAGUGUGUAAUUGGAUGGAAAAUAAACGAAUGGAUGAAUGAAUGGACUCUCCAACCCUGCCACAUAGCUACCACCUAACCUGCCUUAAGUUGAUAAGACCACUCCUCUGGGCUGUACUGAACCUGCUAGUUGUGGGAACUAAUUGAGGCCAGAGGAGGCCUUUUCGAGGUAAAGACUCUGUAAACUCAUUAAUCUGUCAUCUCUGCACACCGCAUCGGUGAACAUAUCUGACUUCGCAGAGGAAAAGUUGAUGAGAGACCCUCAGCAGAAUAAAUAGUUUGUGUAUGUGUCUUUGUAUGCACAUGCAUAAGUGUGCGCAAGCAUGCAUACAAGCAGUUUUAUUUCUGCGUGCAUAUACACACAUCAGAGUGUGCCUGUGUGUGCAGAUCUGUGUGUAGGCAUCUUUCGCCUGCCUGUAUCUGUAUCUUGUCAUAAUAAACCUAAUAGGGCUCAAAGGGCCUCUUUCUCCAUUCACUGUGGCCAGUGAUCACUGGGGCCACAGCAUAAUACUAGAAUUUGUAAAACUAUACUCCCUCCAAUGCAAGUCUUUUUACAUUUGAUCGCUGUAAAAUAUACAAGGUAUGUAGACCUAUGUAUGUCUCUUAAUCAUGUGAAGGAGAUGUCAAGGUAUGAGGACUUGGUGUGAUUGUUUUUGUACUGUGAUGGACAGACAUACAGUAACUGUAGGAUAAUCACAGAUUUUUGUUCCAAAUUUGAACAGCUACCAAAUGAAAGCUUUGACAUCUUUUUUUUUUUAUGUGAUGAGUUUUAAUUUUCAUUAAAGUCAAUAUCAAAGUAGGCUGUCAAUUUGACUAUGCUUACCAAAUCAUUUUUGAGAAUGCAGUUACAGUAUUUGGAUUUUUGAGGAUAUUGCAUAAUGAGUAGAAAAUAAUUAUUUUAAUCUCAAAAUGUAUUGCUUUCAGAAAUUAAACACUCCACGCUCACUGGCACCAGAAAGUGUUCAACUGUUUCGCAGAAAUUCCACAACUCAAGCAAGCCUCCUUAAACCUGCCUGUUAUCACAUAUUCAGUUCUCGCAGAACUACUGUGAGACAUUCUCUGCUGUGUUUUUCUUUUCUCAGUUGCAAAGGGACAUGUAGAUGUAAGGAUGUGCAUUGUUGGAUGUUUUUCUGUAGAAUCUUUCAUUUGAAGGACUCAUGGAAUAGGCUUCAUACUCUCCCCUGUAUUUGAAACCCUGAUUAAGAUGGAAACCUGAUGAGGUUUGUGGAGAUUUUGAAUUACAGAAAAUGUACCUAAACUCUGUACUGCGCUGAUGUUAAUCUAUGAUAAAUCUGUUCUGCAGUAUGACAAAAGUUGUUGUAUGAAGUGGGAAGUUUCUCUUUGAUUUCUCUUUUUAAGAGUCAGAUGAGUAUAAACAACUGAUGGUUGUACAAAAGAAAACACAUGAGUAGAUAAUAUCUACAGAGGGAAGAAUGUGCAUAUCUGUAUAAAUGUAUAUGGUGGGCUUCAGUUCUCUGCCAAAUGCAGUUUUGCACUCCAUAGGGUUUUUUUUUUCUCCCCCACCCCCAAGACUUCUGAUGUGUAUAAGAGCUGUCUGCAAUGGUGGCAAGACGAUAAAUCCAUUAACCUGAAGGCCCAUGGUUGUUGAAAAUACUUUUUGUUUUUCCAUUUUCUUCAGUCUGUUUCAUAACUGUGGUCUUGUUAAUUUUUAAGAAAUGUUAUUUUACAGCAGUAGUUUCAUACUUCUGUAAACGAUUUGCAAACCAAAAUGCAAUGUACAGUAGAUAUGGAUUAUAUUUUAGAUUUACUGCACUUCAGACUGUUUGUAAAUAUGAUCAAUUAAACAAAGGAAAGGCC